AUGGAAAUUCCUCCUAUACUACCAUGCAUCAAAAAUACUUUAGAAAAUUAUCUUCUUCAUCCAGAAAAUCUUCCAAUUCACCAAUUUGAGGGAAAUCAGCAAUUCUGGCCAAGGGAUCCAGAUCCCAAAGAGUUAUUGUAUUUUGAAGGGUCACCCCUAUCUUCAACUCUGAAAGUUCAAAGAGAUCCCAAUACAGGUGAAAUCACUGACUUUCGGGAAAUAUCCAUCCAGUGUGCUGGUGCAAAUGCCAAGAAUUCUAUGUCUUUGAAUAGAAAUCCAGCACCACCAACAGAGGCAACAAGAGGAAAUGCAUCCUACAUACCCUUUUGGCCUGGAAGUUUUCCUCUUCCCAAACAGAACUCCACUAGAGAAAAUUUGGAUGAUAAUGAUUUACUUUGGAUACCACCAGGAUUUGAUAGAGGCUUAACAUUUGAUAAGGAUGGAGUUACUUUAUCUAGUGGUCAAAUCAAUGAUAAUAAAGUUGAAACUCAUUCAACACAACAUAUUAUAAAUCUGUUAGACAUUGUACAAAAGGAACAAGAUCUGUUGGGAUUCUUGGGAAAUGAUAAGAAAAUUGAGGGAGAAGAUGGACCUGGUGAAAAUAAACAUGAGAGCUUACCAGAAGAAGAAGAAAUUUUACCAGAGGAUCUUCCCAUCCUGAAUAUAAGUAGUGUUCCUCCACAGAAUACUAUUAGAGGAAGUGAAUAUGCAAUAUUGCUAGACACAACAAAACCAGUAAUAAAUUUCAGAGAGAAAGUCCCAGAAAUGGCAAUUGACUUUCCAUUUGAAUUGGACACCUUCCAAAAACUAGCUAUCCUACAACUUGAACAACAUAACCAUAUUUUUGUUGCUGCCCACACCUCAGCUGGCAAAACAGUUGUGGCUGAAUAUGCCAUUGCACUCUCCCAGAGACACAUGACCAGGACCAUUUACACAUCACCCAUCAAGGCUCUGUCUAAUCAGAAGUACAGAGAUUUCAAGUCCAGAUUCAAAGAUGUGGGGCUGAUAACUGGAGAUUUUCAAAUUAAUCAAACUGCCUCUUGUUUAAUCAUGACAACAGAAAUUUUGAGGUCUAUGUUGUAUUCUGGCAGUGAUAUCACUAGAGAUCUGGAGUAUGUUAUAUUUGAUGAGGUUCACUAUAUCAAUGAUAGAGAAAGAGGUCAUGUUUGGGAACAAGUAUUGAUAAUGUUGCCAGAACAUGUUUGUGUGGUUCUCCUCAGUGCCACAGUGCCUAACACAAUUGAAUUUGCUGAUUGGCUGGGUAGAACACACAAGAGGAAGGUAUUUGUAGUGACCACUUCAAAGAGGCCUGUGCCUUUGCAGCACUACCUUUACACAGGGAGAGGUGGAAGUUCCAGAGAUAAUAGAUUCAAGAUUUUAAAUGCAGAUACAUGGAUUCCUAAUGGAUACAUGAAAGCUAAAGAUACUCUAAACCCUGACAAACAAAGAAAUAUGUACGUGACACCUGCUCAAGAUAAAACACUUUGGUCGGGCUUGAUUGCCCAUUUGAAGAAAAACGAUCUGCUGCCGGUAGUAGCUUUCACGUUUUCGAGGCAAAAAUGCGACAAUAAUGCCACGAAUCUGACGAAUUUGGAUUUGACGACUCAGAAGGAAAAAACGCACAUUGCCAUGUUCUUCAAUAAAUGCAUUAGAUUCCUCAAAGAACCAGAUCAGAAUAUACCACAAGUGCUGAAGAUGAGGGAUAUUCUUAGUAGGGGAAUAGGGGUCCAUCACAGUGGAAUAUUGCCUAUCAUCAAAGAAAUCGUGGAAAUGUUGUUUCAGCGAGGUCAUAUCAAGUUACUCUUCGCAACUGAGACUUUCGCGAUGGGCGUGAACAUGCCGGCUAGGACGGUCGUAUUCGAUUCGGUGAGAAAACACGAUGGGAAAGAGAUGCGAGAUUUGGAACCGGCGGAAUAUAUCCAGAUGGCGGGACGUGCAGGCAGAAGAGGACUGGAUACCGAAGGGACGGUCAUCCUGCUCUGUAAAGUGGGCGUGCCCAAUGAGGAUAACCUCAAAAAAAUGAUGUUGGGCAAGCCGAGUUCGUUGGUUAGCCAGUUCAGGCUUACAUACGGAAUGGUUCUCAGUUUAUUGAAAGUAGAGAGUUUGAGCGUUGAGGGUAUGAUGUCGAGAAGCUUCAGGGAAGCAGAAAACCAAAAAAACAUGGUCGACAUAAAAAUAGAACUGGAACUGGUGGAAGAACAGUUGGAAGAAUUGUGCAGACAACAACUUAGCAACUAUCUUCAACCACUAGUGAAAUUCUAUGAUAGCGCUAGCGCAUAUCUGAAUACGAGACAAGAUAUUAUGAACAGUAUCAUAAUGUCGCCAAAACUGCAAAAAACCCUCACCCCCGGAAGAAUCAUAGUGGUCACUCACAACACCCACAUAAACAAACUAGCACUGAUUCUCUCCUGCAUCCGCUCCAAAAAACCGUCCUACAAAGCCCUAGUGCUCAGCGACAAGUCGACAGAAAACACAAGCGCCCCCAAAGACGACUUGUGGUACCACAUGCUGGGCUUGGCGCAAGAGAAACUCUUCAGCCCGGUGGGAACUGCAGCCCACGAAAUUAUUCACGUGCUCGCUACGGAUAUCUGCGAGAUAUCGGGCAAGAGUUUGAAGGUGAACGCCGAGCUGGUCGUCAGAGACGUGGAAAAGAGGCAGAUGGAACGAUUCAGGGCUGACCCGCCCGGCCAGUCUUGUCUAGAAGCCGUGCAAGAGCUGCACAAGCUGACCAUGCUGGCCAACAGCAACAGUUCUGGCAACAAGUUGGAGUAUCUCCAUUUUAUCACUGACUUGAAGGUCAAUGAUCAACAAUUUUACCAUAUUUUGAAACACAUGUACGACUUGAAAGACAAACUUGUGGACCACUUGCCUAGUACUCGUAUACCAAACUUUGAAGAUCAAUUUUCUUCGGUAUUUACAAGGAAAUUUUUGGGAGAGAAAAAGAAGGAUCUUGAAUUCAAGUUGUCUAAUGCAAGCUUAUCUUUAUAUCCAGAUUAUGAAAAUAGGAUCGACUUGCUCAGAAGGCUAAAUUAUGUUGACAAUCAGAAUAUAAUUCAAUUGAAAGGCCGUGUAGCAUGUGCAAUGGGAAUGAAUGAACUUCUCAUAACAGAACUGGUUUUGAGAAAUAUUCUUACAAAGCUGAAACCUGCUGAAGUAGCUGCUCUUUUAUCCGCUCUAGUAUUCAGAGCCAAAUUAAAAUCAGAAACUUUUGACGAUGAAAGUCUUCCAACAGAUUUGAAAAAUGGAAUAAAAGAAAUUAAAGGAGUCCACAAUGAAAUAGCUAAACUGGAGCUAAGUUUGGGGAUACAGACGGAUGAAUUCCAAGAAGACCUCAACUUUGGACUGGUACACGUUGUUUAUGAAUGGGCCACAAAUCAGCCAUUUGCGGAAAUUAUGGAACUCACUGACAUACAAGAGGGUAUUAUAGUGAGAUGCAUUCAACAACUCAACGAAACAAUCUGUGAUGUACGCGAUGCCGCCAAAAUCAUUGGCGAUCCAGAGCUGAAAAACAAAAUGGAAGAAGCCUCCACAGCUAUCAAACGUGAUAUAGUCUUUGCUGCCAGCUUGUACACACAGGGCGAGGCAAUAAUAUAA